CUUCUGAACUUCUGGCUGGAUGAAUGCCAGAAAAGGCACCGCGAUAAAUGCGCAUACGUGGGAGAGCUUGUUUUGGAGCACGAAUUUGCUUCGCCUACAAGACUCCUGCGCGUCGGCGAGGAAGGCGAGAACAUUGUCCUCGUGCUCUCGGCCGGUCUGAAGCGAGAUGAAGGCGGCUUCGGGCCCUCUUACACCGCGUUGAGCCACUGCUGGGGAGACCCCAAAAGUGUGCCGCAAACGACAAAGGCAAAUCUGGAGCAUAUGAUGCGUGUUGGUCUUCGUCAUGAUGAGUUAUCUCCAACAUUCCAGCAUGCUGUUAAGAUUGCGAGAGAGCUCAAUAUCGGGUGGCUCUGGAUCGAUUCUUUGUGUAUUGUUCAAGAUGACAAGACCGACAAGGACCGCGAGCUACCACUGAUGGAGAUAAUCUACUCCAUGGCUAUCUGCACUCUCGUCGCA